AUGAUGAGCAGUGUUCAAGGUUUAGAAGGAAAUGUGCAGCAUUCGCCGGUUUCCGCGCAGAAAAAGAAAAAGGAAAAUCGGAAACAGCAGCAAAUAUGUGACCAGAAGCUGAAUGCGUUUGAGUUCCGGAGACAAGCCGUGGUGUCAGAGCUACAGCGAAUGAGAAAUAUGAUGGAAACAGCAGAAGACAUCACCGUUCAUCAUUUGGAAACGUACCUGCGACGUGUUGAUUCUUGCUAUGACGAGUACAACUCGAUUCAGAACGAGAUUUAUGCGGAGUUUCCGGAUCAACGAACAGAACAAGAGAGUGCGUUCAUAGAAUUUGAGUUACUUUACGAGGAGCUUCGAGUAACGAUUUGUGCCUCGAUGGAUGCGUUACGAAUGAAACAGAUUCAAGUUGUCCCAAAAGCUGCCAUUGCGGAGGGAGGCGAAAAUCAGCAAACGAUCGUCAAUCAGUCACUUGGAUUACCGCACGUUCCACUCCCUACAUUUGAUGGAACGUAUGAAAAGUGGUUCCGGUACAAGCAGUUGUUCCAAGAUCUGAUGCAAAAAUAUCCCCAUCUAUCCGAUGCAACUAAAUUGCACUACUUGACGCAAACGUUAAAAGGGAAAGCGGAAAAUGUUCUGAGCGAGCAAAUACUGAACGAGAACAAUUUUCAACCAGCGUGGAACAUCUUGGAAGAACGGUUCGAAAACAAAAGAACCAUUAUCGACAUUCACGUUGGUGGCCUGCUGAAUCUAAGGAGAAUGAACAAAGAAAGCUCAUCGGAACUGAGACAGCUAGUUGAAGAAUGCAGUCGACAUGUAGAAUCAUUGGAGUUCCACGACCAGCUGAUGCAGGGGAUGUCGGAACAGUUAGUGAUUUCACUUCUUACUUCUAAACUUGACAAAGCUACACUUAGCUUAUGGGAAGGCAAUGUUCAACCAAAGCUACUGCCGAACUAUAAAGACACGGUACAGUUUCUGCAGAAUCGUUGUUUUGUUCUCGAACGGUGCGAAACCAAUGCUUCUCACAAACCCAGCGAGGUAGUGAAGCAAAAGCAGCUGGUUCCAGUCGCGAAGGCUACUGUCAAAGUUCAUGCAGCAUUACAAACGAAAGAGAAUGUGUGUGUAUUUUGUGACGAGUCUCACAACGUCAACAAAUGCAACACUCUGAAACAAAUGACAGUGCCAGAGAGGAUUGUCGCAGUUAAAGAAAAGCAUCUCUGUUUCAACUGCCUGAAACGUGGUCAUAGAGUCGGCCAGUGCAAAUCAAGGAUGUGUACUGUUGCCGGUUGCGGGCGUAAACACCAUACACAACUUCAUAGUGAAAUCACUACAGAGAAAGCUGUAGCAGACGGAAACGCAGCAGAAUCGACGAAGGAAGAACCAGUCGAAACUGGUCAAUCAACGAGUGUCACUUGUACUAGUGCCGUGGUGAAAUCGCAAGCAAUUUACAAAAAGGAGGUGAUUUUAUCUACCGCUAUAGUGCAAGUAAAAGAUUCCCGAGGAGAAUUCCGUCCUGUUCGUGUGCUGUUGGAUUCAGGCUCCCAAUCAAACUUCUUAUCUGAGCAUGCUGUGAAUCUGCUUCGCUUGAAAUGUGAAAACAUCAGAGUGGGCGUCGUUGGAAUCAACGGUGAAAAAAUAACAGUUACACAACAAACUAUUGCCAGAGUAAAAUCAUCGUAUGGAGAUGCGUCAUGGGUCCUCGAGUUUUUGGUAGUGCCGCAAGUUACUGGCAUCCUUCCGUUGCAGAAAAUUGAUAUACGACAAUGGGAGAUUCCUCCUAAUAUUAAAUUAGCUGACCUUAGAUUUAAUAUUCCUGCAAAGGUUGACAUGCUCAUCGGAGCUGAACUAUUUUUUGACCUUCUAAUUACCGAUCGUAUGAAGCUGGACAAUGGCCAGCCCAUGCUGUGGCGAUCAGAGCUUGGUUGGAUUGUGUGCGGUUCCCGAACGAGUGUCAAAAGGCCUUCUUUGGUGGCUGUCGCGCACUAUAUCUCCUCGGAAGCGAGUUUGGAGAAUGCUGUGCAGCGAUUCUGGAAGCAGGAAGAAGUUCCGGAAGUGGAAAAACUUACGUCUGAGUUUGAACAGUGUAUCGAUCAUUUCGAAAAGACCCAUCGGCGAGAGAAUGGGCGUUUCGUAGUUCGGCUUCCAUUUCGAGAUACAGUUAAGUUACUUGGCAAUUCAAGAUCUCUUGCGGAAAGGCGAUUCCAGCAACUGGAACGAAAAUUUGUACAUCAACCGGAACUGAAAAGGCAAUACGUUACGUUUAUCAAUGAGUACGUGUCUCUCGGGCAUUGCCGUAAAUUGGAGAACGACGAUGAUACAGUUCGUGGUUACUAUUUGCCACACCACGCAAUUUUAAAACCCUCGAGCUCGACCACUAAGCUUCGUGUCGUGUUCGAUGCGUCGGCACGAUCGGAUACAAAUCUUUCUCUGAACGACGUGCUGAUCACUGGACCGAUAGUGCAAGACAGCUUGAUGGCGAUUGUUCUAAGGUUCAGGAAAUACAAGUAUGUUUUCACAGCCGACAUUCUUAAAAUGUACAGGCAGAUUCAAGUGGAUGAUCGUGAUGUACCGUACCAGAAGAUACUUUGGAGAGAUGAUGCUCGAAAACCACUCGAUACAUACGAAUUAACAACAGUAACUUACGGAACUUCUUGUGCUCCAUUCUGUGCUACGGUAUGUCUCAAACAGUUAGCGGAUGAGGAACAAUCAGAAUUCCCGAUAGCUUCACAAGUGAUUAAAAAGGACUUCUACAUGGAUGACGUACUGUCUGGAGCAGACAGCCUCCAAGCGGCACUGGAAUGUCAAGAUCAACUGAUUGCUUCACUAAAGCGUGGUGGAUUUAAGCUGCACAAAUGGUGUGCGAACGACAAGCAGCUUCUGAUCCGAAUCCCGGAAGACGAACGUGAAUUACAGGCGAAAAUUAGUGAUCACGGUUCUAACGAAGUAAUCAAAACACUUGGAUUGCUUUGGAAUCCGACGGAUGAUAUGUUCCUGUUCAACAUGCAGCCAAUAGUUGAAGUACGAGAUUACAACACUAAACGUACAGUGCUUUCGGAUACAGCAAGAAUCUUCGACCCGCUCGGCCUUUUGGAACCAGUGACCGUUGUGGCCAAACUAUUCGUCCAAGAGCUUUGGGCCUACGGUGUAAAUUGGGACGAGCGCCUGAUGGUGGAACAGGAAAGUAAAUGGAGAAAAUUUCAAGAGUCUUUGCAGGAGAUUAACGAAUUGGAGAUACCACGAAGGGCUAUCGCAGACGGCGCCCUAGUGUACGAAAUUCAUGGUUUUUCGGAUGCUAGCAAGAAAGCAUAUUGUGCAUGCGUGUAUCUUCGGAGCAUCAUGCCCGAUGGCAAGGCUGAAAUGUAUCUUCUGAGCAGUAAAACUCGUGUGGCGCCGUUACCGAAGUUGUCUGGGAAACGCAAUACUAAACCUUUCACUAUUCCGAGAGCAGAAUUGUGCGGUGCUCAUUUGCUUUCUAAAUUGGUCACAACUCUAAUUGAUGCAAUAGAUCUGGAACUCAACGGCGUCUUUCUUUGGUGUGACUCUCAAAUCGUGCUUUGUUGGCUACAAAAAUCUCCAGUUAAUCUGGAAGUAUUUGUCGGAAAUAGAGUGCGUGAGAUUCAGCAGUUGACGAAACAUUAUGAAUGGCGAUACGUUAACACAAGAGACAACCCCGCAGAUAUCGCAUCCCGUGGAGUCACACCAUUAGAGCUGAAACAGUCAAUUGUUUGGUGGCGCGGACCAGCUAUGCUGCAGAAUGUUAACUACGAGUAUCAUCAGUUCGAGCAAAACAAUUUUAACGAGCAGGAAUUAGAAUUGGUUGACUUAACAUGUGCAUACGUUGCCGCGCACACAGAAGUAAACGAGUUGUUGACGAGAUACAGUGACUUUAGGAAACUACAACAGAUGGCAGCAUACAUCUAUCGUUUCGUGAACAACUGCCGAAUGAAGGAAAGAAGUAAGCGAGUCACAGGAUAUCUGACAGUCGCAGAGUUACGAAAUGCAACAUACAAAAUCAUUGCGCAGGUUCAGCGCGAGGGUUUUGUAGCAGAAUUAGAGAUGUUUAGAAGAGGACAAAUGCAGAAAAGCAAAUUGCUGAAUUUGGCUCCAUUCAUCGACCACGAUGGGAUGCUGAGAGUUGGCGGGCGUCUGAAACAUGCCAAACUUCCGUAUGAAAGAAAGCAUCAAUUGUUAUUACCACAUAACCAUCACGUGACUAAAAUACUAAUUUCAACGCUACAUUCAGAAAAUCUACACGUUGGACAGCAAGGUUUGCUGGCAAUAAUUCGUCAGCGUUAUUGGCCAGUUCGUGCAAAGUGCGUUAUUCGUCAAGUUGUAAGGCGGUGUGUUCGAUGUUUUCGAAUGCGCCCUCCUGAAACCGAGCAGUAUAUGGGUGAGCUGCCUGAUUACCGAGUAAACCCUUCGUUUCCAUUCUCCAGAACAGGCAUAGAUUAUGCAGGACCUUUCUUCAUUCGUCAAGGAGUUCGCCGUACAUCGAAGGUGAAGGCUUAUGUAGCGCUAUUCAUAUGUAUGAGUACCAAAGCCAUACAUCUCGAAUUAGUCUCCGGAUUAACAUCGGAAGCAUUCUUAGCUACUUUGCAAAGGUUCAUCGGACGACGCGGCUAUCCAGAAAGGUUGGUGUCGGACAACGCAACUAAUUUCAAGGGCGCACAAUCAGCGUUGCGUGAACUUCACGAGAUGUUUCAGUCGCAGCAAACAGAAAAUGUUAUCAACAAGUUUUGCUCAACAAGGGGGAUCCAAUGGUCGUUCAUUCCUCCUCGGUCGCCAAACUUUGGCGGCAUAUGGGAAGCUGGAAUUAAAGCAGCCAAAACCCAUCUUAAGAUAGUGCUGUGUGAAGCAUCUCUUAACUUUGAAGAAAUGAGUACAGUGUUGACUCAAAUUGAGGCAGUGCUCAAUUCCAGACCGCUAACACAGUUGUCCAGCGAUGCUGAUGACCUGUCUGCUUUAACGCCAGCUCAUUUUUUGGUGGGUCAUGAACUAACAGCUGUUCCGGAGCCCAGUCUUCAAGAUGUAAGAGUGUCUUCCUUGUCUCGCUGGCAACAUCUACAGAAAUUAAGGCAAGAUUUUUGGGCUAGGUGGUCAUCUGAAUACUUGCACGAGUUGCAACCAAGGAGCAAGUGGUAUAAAAACAAGGUUGUUAUACGUCCAGGAAUGCUUGUAGUUCUCAAGGAAGACAAUAUGGCGCCGCAGCAUUGGCGAAUCGGGCGCAUAACGGAGAUAUUCCCUGGAGCAGAGAAUUUGGUUCGCGUAGUUAAGGUUAAAACAGCAAGCGGAGAAGUACAUCGCUCGGUAAACAAAAUUUCGAUUCUGCCUAUCGAGGAUAACAAUAUAACGGAAGAUUGA